AGUUACAGUGCAGAAGCAGAGGGAAAGGAAUUAACCAGCUCUCAGCCAAGCAAAUCCUCUACUCACCAUGCUUCCUCCUGCCAUUCAUUUCUAUCUCAUUCCCCUUGCAUGCAUCCUAAUGAAAAGCUGUUUGGCUUUUAAAAAUGAUGCCACAGAAAUCCUUUAUUCACAUGUGGUUAAACCUGUUCCAGCACACCCCAGCAGCAACAGCACGAUGAAUCAAGCCAGAAAUGGAGGCAGGCAUUUCAGUAACACCGGACUGGAUCGUAACACUCGGGUUCAAGUGGGUUGCCGGGAACUGCGCUCCACCAAGUACAUCUCUGAUGGCCAGUGCACCAGCAUCAGCCCUCUGAAGGAGCUGGUGUGUGCUGGUGAGUGCUUGCCACUGCCCCUGCUCCCCAACUGGAUCGGAGGAGGCUACGGAACCAAGUACUGGAGCAGGAGGAGCUCCCAGGAGUGGAGGUGUGUCAACGACAAAACACGUACCCAGAGAAUCCAGCUGCAGUGCCAAGAUGGCAGCACGCGCACCUACAAGAUCACCGUGGUCACCGCCUGCAAGUGCAAGAGGUACACUCGGCAGCACAAUGAGUCCAGUCAUAACUUCGAGAGCAUGUCGCCUGCGGAGCCAGCCCAGCAUCACAGAGAGCGGAAAAGGGCCAGCAAACCCAGCAAGCACAGCAUGAGUUAGAACUCAGACUCUCCAAACUGGACUGACUGGUAACCAUCUGCUUUACAGAUUUGAUUGCUUGGAAGACUCAAGACUGCCAUUGCUAUUUUCUUACUUGAAAAUAUAUGUUUUCUGCUUUGAUUAAACUCAGCAAACUGUCCUAAGUAUCAGGACCUUCUUUGGGAAUAGCGUUUCCAUCACAAGUUUUUCAAGAUGUACCCGUAUCCAUGAGUGCAAUUUGUAUUUAAAUUCCACACAUCCUGUAGUUUUAAUUCCCCAUGGUUCUUGAAAGACUGGUGAUACUAUAUACAUACUAUAUAUCGAAUAAUUACUUUUUAAAACAGAAAGGGCUUCUCAGUUAUCAUUCACUCCCCAACCUAUUUCCUGUCUCCUAGAAAAAUCCUCCAAAACUGAAUAGUUAAAAAAAAAUUGUUG